AUGGCCGCCGCGCCGACCGGCGGGACCGGCGGAGGUGCAGAGGCGGUCCAGUACGACGCGGGCACGGGCAUUUACACCGUUAAGAACAAGCCAUGGCCAGUGGGAUCUCGUUAUACGGUGCAUGGUCUGAUUGGUUCUGGCUCAUACGGAGAUGUCUGCAAGGCCACUGACAAUGAGACGGGCGAAACCGUUGCUCUCAAGCGCAUUGCAGAUGUGCUGUGCUGCCCCAUGCUGGCAAAGAGAGUGCUUCGAGAGGUCUGCAUCAUGCGCCGUCUCUCACACCCAUACGUCAUCCGAUUGGCGGACGUGUUUACUCGCAAGUCCACCGAGGUGCUGGGGGGAUUUGACCUGUACAUUGCCACGGAGUAUGCCUCAGGUGGCGAUCUCUAUCGGUUUAAGCAGCCGCUAACACCAGAGGAUGUGAGGCGACUGAUAUGGCAGCUGCUGGUGGCAACUCGCUACCUGCACUCCUGCCAUGUCUGGCACAGAGACAUCAAGUCAGAGAACACGCUGCUCCACGCCAACACCACGCUCAAACUCUGUGACUUUGGCCUCUCCAGGUCCGCCCUCGGGUCAGGGCAGCCGAUGCAGCCUCGCAGUGCGCCGGACGAGAAGGGGGCAGCGGCGGGGAGGAAGCAGCACGUGCUGCAGAGGCAGUUCACCAAGAUGGUCGUCACCCCCAGCUACCGCGCCCCUGAGGUGGUCAUGUCGCGAGGCCAGUACACAUCAGCCAUCGACAUCUGGUCGCUCGGCUGUAUAUUCUGGGAGCUCCUAAUGCGAGCCAUGCGCCCCCAUCGCCCAGGUCCCCCAUCAAGACCUCUCUUUGGCAUCAGGGGCGAGCCAGUGACGCCAGAGACAGGGGAGAAGUAUGUAGAUGACAACGAGUCGCCACUAGCCGACCAACUGGACGUGAUAUUCGAUGUCAUCGGCACGCCCUGCUGGAAGGACAUUGAGACCGUCCCCAGCGAUGCCUGGCGGGCGUUCCUCAAGAGGCUGCCUGGGCGGGCGGGCAACCUGGCCAAUCAGAUGGCGCCAUGUGGUGAUCCCGAGGCUGCGGACCUGCUCCAUCGCAUGCUGGCGUUUGAUCCCUCCAGGCGCUGCACUGCAGAAGAAGCUCUUGCUCACACUUAUUUCCGCAGCCUUGAGAAGCCCAUGGAGCUGCCACCCAUGGAAGCAGAGGAAACGCCCGUGUCUCUGCCGCAGGACCACCACUUCUGGCAGAUCACCGACCCUGCCAUUGCCCUGGGGUUGCUUGAGGCAGAGGAAACGCCCGUGUCUCUGCCGCAGGACCACCACUUCUGCCAGAUCACUGACCCUGCUAUUGCCCUUGGGCUGCUGGAGAGGGAGCUGGAGCAGGCAGCAUGCGAGCCAGAUGGGGGCAAGAGACGUAUUAUGAGGCGCCUUGACAACUGUUACCCUGAUUCCCUCCCUGGUCAAUCUCCUGCCAUUUUCCCCCUCGUUCCCCUGGUUCCCCGGGUCGCAGAGGGAGCUGGAGCAAGCAGCAUACGAGCCAGAUGGGGGAAAGAGGAAGCUGGAAUGGCUGCUCGAGAGAGAAGCAGAGGGGCAGCAGGUAAGUAA